AUGGAAGAAGGCAAUCUAAUCAGGCCAUCACCAUUAAGGCCGGGAGGCCCCUUAAAGUCCCCAUCGUCGGGAAAAUCGAGCCCGAGGGGUUCUCCUUCUUUCCGGAGGCUAAACUCAGGGCGGACCCCAAGAAGAGAAUCUAUGCCCUCAGGGCUCUUCGGCUCUCACUGUUUUAGAAGCAAUCGGGUUGUCCUCUGGCUGCUCCUGAUCACUCUCUGGGCUUACGCUGGGUUCUAUUUCCAGUCAAGGUGGGCCCAUGGAGAUAACAAAGAGAAUCUCUUCAGCAGCGGCGGUUAUGGUGGUGAGAUCAUUGGGCCCCAUCGUCCGAAUGAGAGGGACCUAAUGGCAAAUAUCAACUCCGGGGUGGCCCGUUUGCGAACCAAUGUGGACAAUUCGAGUUCCAGGAAUGUUGAUGUGAAUGUGACUAAGAAACCAAGUGGUGGUGUUUUAUCGAGCAAGAACAAGUCAACGAAAAAGAAAAGUAAGAGAUCCACACGCACUUCCCGUAAAAAGAGCCAGAGUAAACCAAAAGUAUACACAGACGAGUCGGAAAGUGAAAUUGAUUUUCAGAUGGAUGAAAUUCCGAAGCAGAACACGACAUAUGGGUUCCUUGUGGGCCCAUUUGGGUCCGUGGAAGAUUCUGUUUUGGAGUGGAGUCCUGAAAAGAGGCGGGGGACUUGUGACAGGAAGGGCGCGUUCGCCCGUCUCGUCUGGUCGAGGAAAUUCGUCUUGAUCAUUCACGAGUUGUCCAUGACGGGGGCCCCGCUGGCAAUGAUGGAGCUGGCAACAGAAUUCCUUAGCUGUGGGGCCACGGUUUCGGUUAUAGUUCUUAGCAGAAAGGGAGGUUUGAUGACGGAGCUUGUAAGGAGGAAGAUCAAGGUGCUGGAGGAUAAGACGGAUUUGAGUUUUAAGACGGCCAUGAAGGCUGAUCUGAUCGUUGCGGGGUCCGCUGUUUGUUCGAACUGGAUUGAAAAUUACCUCUCGCGUACGGUGCUCGGAUCCAGCCAAAUCAUGUGGUGGAUCAUGGAGAACAGACGAGAAUAUUUCAACCGGACAAUGCCUGUUCUCAAUCGAGUCAAGAAGCUAAUCUUCCUCUCACAAUCACAAUCCAAACAGUGGCUCGAUUGGUGCCAGCAAGAGAACAUCCAACUCAAAUCCGAACCUGCUCUGGUCCCGCUUUCGGUGAACGAUGAGCUGGCAUUUGCUGCCGGCAUCCCCUCGUCCCUGAACACCCCAUCAUUCACCACUCAAAAUAUGCUCGAGAAAAAACAGCUGUUGAGAAAUGCCGUCAGAAAAGAAAUGGGACUUGCCGAUAGUGACAUGCUAGCUAUCACAUUAAGCAGCAUAAACUCAGGAAAGGGCCAGUUGUUGCUUCUUGAGUCCGCCCGUUUGAUGAUUGAAAAUGGGUCCUCGGUGGAGAAGUCUGGCGGUAAAGAUUUGAUUUUUACGGAACAUGAUUAUUACUCAAGGGGGCUGCUCGGGAGUCGGGAGAGAGAAGGUGGGAUGGAUAGUAUCAAAAUUCUUAUUGGCUCGGUGGGGUCGAAAAGUAACAAGGUGCUUUACGUGAAAACGCUUCUGAGGUAUUUAGCCGAGCACUCGAACUUGUCGAGAUCUGUCUUGUGGACCCCAGCAACAACUCGUGUUGCGUCUCUAUAUGCAGCAGCGGAUGCUUAUGUGAUGAACUCUCAGGGACUUGGAGAGACAUUCGGACGAGUAACAAUUGAAGCAAUGGCAUUUGGGCUCCCUGUGCUCGGAACUGAUUCAGGGGGCACAAAAGAGAUUGUCGAGCACAAUGUGACUGGGCUUCUACACCCCUUGGGCCGCCCGGGGGCCCAAAUUCUCGCAAGAAAUCUUGAAUUCCUGCGAAAAAACCAGUUGGCUAGGCAAGAAAUGGGGAGGAGAGGUCGAGAAAAGGUGGAGAAAAUGUACUUAAAGAAGCAUAUGUUCCAGAAAUUUGGUGCUUGCCGGCCGUAUAUAAACCGAAAUCCGAACAGAAGCAUCGAGCGGCGCGCGCCUUUUGACGCAGCUAGUGACAUUUUGAGCAGUGAUUGUCAGAUGGCCAGCAUGCAUGCUUGCAGUGGAUCAUCCGCGACUAUAAACUCCAUUCAACAGACUCUUGGGACCAAAGCAUCAAUAAUUCCUCUGAAAUCUUUUGGCAUCAAUAGGUUCCCAAAUAAUGUGAAAUUGGGUUCAGUCAAGUUCUGUAGAUCAUCUCAGCUCGAAGAGGGCUUAGUCACUGGGAAGCCACCCUCUCCUGUGUCUGUUGUUGAUGUUCAGGAAAUUGGAGGUGCUGGAAGUAGCUUUGUGGACUAUGGCUUGAGUGAAGCUGAUCCUGAAGUUCGCUCCAUAAUUGAUAAAGAGAAGAAUCGUCAAUUCAGAAGCUUGGAGCUUAUAGCUUCCGAGAACUUCACAUCUCGAGCCGUAAUGGAAGCAGUUGGUUCUUGUCUCACUAAUAAAUAUUCUGAAGGAUUGCCUGGCAAAAGGUACUAUGGUGGCAACGAGUACAUAGACGAACUUGAGAUUCUUUGUCAAGAGAGGGCGCUUGCAGCUUUCAAUUUGGAUGGAAGUCAAUGGGGCGUUAAUGUUCAACCAUUGUCAGGGUCACCUGCCAAUUUUGAAGUGUACACAGCCAUACUUAAUCCACAUGACCGUAUAAUGGGCUUGGAUUUACCACAUGGUGGGCAUUUGUCUCAUGGGUUCAUGACUGCCAAGAGACGGGUGUCUGGCACAUCUAUUUACUUUGAGUCCAUGCCUUAUCGGCUGGAUGAGUCUACAGGCCUUGUUGACUAUGACAUGCUUGAGAAAACAGCUACCCUGUUCCGUCCCAAACUUAUCAUUGCUGGUGCCAGUGCUUAUCCUCGAGAUUUUGAUUAUCCCCGCAUGAGAAAGAUAGCAGAUUCUGUUGGUGCUUUUCUUAUGAUGGACAUGGCUCAUAUCAGUGGACUUGUGUCUGCUUCUGUUGUUGCGAACCCAUUUGAGUUUUGCGACAUUGUAACAACUACAACACACAAGUCUCUCAGGGGUCCUCGAGGGGGCAUGAUUUUCUUCAAGAAGGAACCCGUGUUGGGAGUUGAUUUAGAAUCUGCUAUUAACAAUGCUGUUUUCCCAGGUUUACAGGGAGGUCCACAUAAUCACACAAUUGGGGGGCUUGCCGUUUCCCUGAAACACGCAAAAUCACCAGAGUUCAAGGCUUAUCAAAGCAAGGUGGUCUCUAACUGUCGAGCUCUUGCCAGUCGACUAAUGGAGUUGGGAUACAAAUUGGUCUCUGGAGGAAGUGAUAACCAUUUGGUUCUUGUGGACCUACGUCCCUUGGGCAUUGAUGGUGCCCGGGCGGAGAAAAUUCUUGAUAUGGCAUCCAUAACCCUCAAUAAGAACUCUGUUCCUGGUGACAAAAGCGCCCUAGUGCCAGGUGGCAUACGUAUCGGUUCACCUGCCAUGACUACUAGAGGCUUUGGUGAACAUGAAUUUGCACAAGUUGCGGAUUUUAUUCACGAAGGCGUGCAAAUUACUGUAGAGGCAAAGAAGUCCGCAACGGGCUCCAAGCUCCAAGAUUUUAUGAAAUUUGUGACUUACCCGGGCUUUCCACUGUCCGACCGGGUUUUGAAUCUUCAAAGAAGUGUGGAGGCCCUGACAACCCAAUUCCCAAUCCCGGGCUUGUGA